UGUAAACCCACAAACAGUUGACUCAUUCAAUUCACAAAUAUUUUUUACAUACAAACUUGGCGUGAGGAACAAGUGCUUAGGACGGAACUAUCAGAUGAACUUCAUACAGUCAAAAGGAGGAUGGUUUCAUAUAAUCCCAUUUCCUUUUGCUUGAAUAGGUGAUGGUGAUUAAUGUUAAUAAGUUUUGGUUUGUAGAUGGAUAGCGAUGAGGUGAGGGCGAAAUUGAGCGCGAUAAAUUACUACGAUAACUGUGGACUCACUCCAGAUUGGGAAAGAGACAGAUUGGCUGUGCUGCAUCUAUCACUAGACAAACUGAGUUUUGCAAACAAUGCAUAUAAGGAUAAAUCGAAUAAGUCGUGCUUGUCGGGAGGGGAAGUCGAUAAGCAAAAACGGUGUUUCUUGAUGGGACAUGACUGUAAAAACAUGGCCGAUGAGAGGAAGCUAUUAAGGGAGAUGAAUGCAAUACAAGGGAAGGAUGGUGGGAUGACAGUGGAAGAACUCCAGGCUCCUAUUGAAUGCCUAAAAGAGCAAAUGCGCAACAAGUAUUGGUCGUGAAAAAGCCAUUCUGAAAGACAUACAACCAACAGAAGAUCGGCAGGGAGAAAGGUAUUGGCGAUGGUGUUGUGAACGGAAAAUUGUGGAAGUCCUUGGGUUCACAAGAAUCCAUUCGAGUAGAAUUGCAGGCUCUGGGCAAGGAUUGGGAUGAGGUAGGCGGAAAAUCAGAUAAAAAAAAAGGUAGAGAAGGUAGAAAAGGACACAAGUUGUUUACAGAAACGCUUGAAAGAUGGCGAUCGCAAAAAGGAUGCGGCGUACAACACCAUUCUCAAGCUGAAGAAGCAGCAGGAAGAGCUUAGUGUUACAUCAAAAUCCAAUUUGCAAGUAAUUUAGAUUAGAUUACACACUGAUUUACAAGUACGAUUGAUGAGGAGAGGGCUGCAAAAACAGAGUUGUACUCUUCUCCUUUCAUUUUGAAAUUGGACAUGGCAGUUGCCUACCUAGGUUUUAUAAACAUUGUUCAACAUGUGGCGCAAAAAAGAAAAAAAAACACAUUACCUUAAAUGUAAGGUUACGUAGAUAACACUAUUAAUGAACUCAUAAAUCCUACUCCUUCCAAACUU